GCUCCUCUUCCCACCAUGAUGUCCAUGAACAGCAAGCAGGCGUUCAGCAUGCACCCCAUCCUGCACGAGCCCAAGUACCCCCACCUCCACUCCAGCUCCGACGCCAUCCGCAGAGCCUGCCUGCCCGCCCCCCAGAUCCAGGGUAAUAUUUUUGCGGGCUUUGAUGAGACCUUGCUGCGGGGUGCCGAGGCUCUGGCCGCCGUGGAUAUAGUGUCGCAGAAAACCCACCCAUUCAAGCCGGAUGCCACCUACCACACCAUGAGCAGUGUGUCCUGCACUCCUACCUCAUCCUCCGUCCACCUGCACCACCCGUCCGUGCUGACCACCCACCAUCCCCACCACCACCACCACCAGCCCUCCCAGGGCCUGGACGGCGAGCUCCUGGACCACCUCAACUCUGCUCUCCCGCUUGGAGGGGUGCCGGGCCCGGAUGUGGGCUCUACGCCUUCGCAUCCUCACUCGCACAUGUCGGCCAUCAACCACAUGGCCCACCACUCCCAACCUAUGAACAUGUCCCACCCCCAUGGCCUCGCUUCCCACGCUGUCAUCUCCGGCCCCGAGACAGAGACGGACCCCCGGGAGCUGGAGUCCUUCGCCGAGCGGUUCAAGCAACGGAGGAUCAAGCUGGGGGUGACCCAGGCGGACGUGGGCUCCGCGUUGGCCAACCUGAAGAUCCCAGGGGUGGGCUGCCUUAGCCAAAGCACAAUCUGCAGGUUUGAGUCCCUCACCUUGUCUCACAACAACAUGGUGGCCCUCAAGCCCAUCCUAGAAGCGUGGUUGGAGGAGGCUGAGAGGGCCCAGAGGGAGAAAAUGACCAAACCCGAGAUCUACACUGCAGGUGACAAGAAACGCAAGCGCACCUCCAUCGCUGCCCCCGAGAAGCGGUCGCUGGAGGCUUAUUUCGCCGUGCAGCCUCGGCCCUCCUCAGAGAAAAUCGCUGCCAUCGCCGAGAAGUUAGACUUGAAGAAGAACGUGGUGCGGGUCUGGUUUUGCAAUCAGAGACAGAAGCAGAAAAGGAUGAAAUUUUCUGCCACCUACUGAAGAAGGGGCUGGGAGGGCAGAGGAGGGGAGUGCCAUCUCCCCUUCCAGCUGGCCCCUCCAAAACGGGCAAAGGUUUGGGGUUGUUGGCCUUUUUUGUUGUUGUUGUUUUAUUUUGUUUAAAAAAAAAAAAAAAC